AGGUGGGACUGGCAAGCGGUCUGCAGCAGGACGUCGUAGAUCAAUGAAGCGGACCGUAGGACUGGUCCAUCUCUGUAUAUCUGACUGUAUAGAUGUGUCAGUACCUAUGCAGGGCGGAGGGAGUUACGAGCUUUACUAGUAUUUCACCUAGUUUAUCCAGUAUGCAGAUGCUUUAAAAACAAUAUAUUUUUACAGUUGACUUAACGACAUCUGCGCUGCGCGUCUCUUACUCGUACUCUUAGGAUAUCAUAGUACAUCUGUAACCUCCAGGAUGAUCUUUGCAAACACGGGAAACCCUCUGAAGACAACCAAUAGGAAGCAGUCCUAUCCCAUGACUCCUUCCAGUCCCAGCAGCAGUAACAGCAGCAGCACUGGUCUGGAGCAGCUCAGCAAAACCAACCUGUACAUCCGAGGUCUGCCUCCUGCCACCACAGACCUAGACCUGGUCAAGCUCUGUCACCAGUAUGGUAAGAUUCAGUCGGCAAAGGCGAUCCUGGACAAGACAACCAACAAAUGUAAAGGUUAUGGUUUUGUGGACUUCGACAGCCCAGCCGCUGCUCUGAAGGCAGUGCACGCGCUCAAAACCAGUGGCAUCCAGGCACAGAUGGCAAAGCAACAGGAGCAGGACCCCACAAACCUGUACCUGUCUAAUCUGCCUGUGUCAGUGGAUGAGAAGGAGCUGGAGAACAUACUGCAGCCAUUUGGGGUCGUUGUCUCCACUCGCAUCCUCCGGGACUAUUGCGGGAACAGUCGGGGAGUGGGCUUCGCCAGGAUGGAUACCACAGAGCAGUGCAAUGCAGUCAUCACCCACUUCAAUGGCAAAUUUAUCAAGAUUGGCUCCGGAGGGCUUGCUCCAUCACAGCCACUGCUGUGUAAGUUCGCAGACAGCCAAAGAAAGAAACACGGGCACAGCGGGUUUGUUCCCAAUGGACAGACAGGAGACUUGAGACUAGGUACAAUGACUCUGACCUAUGACCCCUCAACGGCGGCUCUACAGAAUGGGUAUUACUCCUCUCCGUAUCCAGUCACCAACAGGAUAAUGACAGUGCAGCCAACCAUGUCACCAUAUAUGUCUCCAGUUUCUGCUUAUCAGGUACAGAGUCAUUCCUGGAUGGCACAUCAGCCCUACAUUGUGCAACAUCCAACAGCUGUGAUGUCACCCUCUGUAGACCCAUCCAUGUCACUGCACCCAUCGUCCCUCCUCACUCAGCAGAUGGGACAGCUGUCGUUGGGAAACCCAGGACCGUACAUAGCUGCAAACCCCGCUGUACAAGGAGCCUACAUGCCUCAGUAUCCUUCCAUACAACAAGUACCGGAAAAUGGGACGCCACAGCAAGUGGACUCCUCCAACAAUUCUUCACCAUACAGUCAACUCAGCAAGUAAUCUGAAUAAUUUCAGGCUCUCUAUGAUCCAAUGAGCUGUUGGAAAUCGACUGAUGACAUCACAGAGAAAACAGCCACGGCCUUCUCUGAUUGGACCACACAACUUGAACAUUUUGCACAGCCCUGA